UCACUGGGAGCUGAAAUGGCGCAGCAAGGAGCUCAGUGGGACCAGGAAAAACUCUGCUGUUCAAUCUGUCUGGAUCUACUGAAGGAUCCAGUGACUAUUCCCUGUGGACACAGCUAUUGUCUGAAAUGUGUUAACAGCUACUGGGAUGAAGAGGCUUGGAAAGAAAUCCACAGCUGUCCUCAGUGCAGGCAGACCUUCAGACCGAGACCUGCCCUGGUGAAAAACACCAUGUUAGCAGAUUUAGUGGAGGACCUGAAGAAAACAGGAGCCUCAGCUGAACCAGCUGAUCACCGUUAUGCUGGACCUGAAGAUGUGGCCUGUGAUUUCUGCACUGGGAGAAAACUGAAAGCUCUCAAGUCCUGUCUUCAGUGUCUGGUCUCUUACUGUGAGCAACACCUCCAGCCUCACUAUGAGUCUCCAGCCUUUGAAAAACACAAGCUGGUUCAACCCUCCAAGAAGAUUCAGGAGAACAUCUGUACUCGUCACAAUGAGGUGAUGAAGAUUUUCUGCCGCACUGAUCAGCAGUGUAUCUGUUAUCUCUGCUCCAUGGAUGAACAUAAAGGCCAUGACACAGUCUCUGCUGUAACAGAAAUGACUGAGAGACAGAGAGAGCUCAGGGUGAGACGGCAAAAAAUCCAGCAGAGAAUCCAGAAAAGAGAGAAAGAUGUGAAGGUGCUUCAGCAAGAGGUGGAGGCUAUAAACAGCUCUGCUGAUAAAGCUGUGAGGGAAAGUGAGAAGAUCUUCACAGGUGUGAAGCAGCAGAUCAGAUCUCGCCAGGAAUCUGAAGUGACUCACGUCAUCAAGCUUCAGGAGAAGCUGCAGCAGGAGAUCACUGAGCUGAGGAGGAAAGACACUGAGCUGGAUAAACUCUCUCACACAGAGAACCACAGCCAGUUUCUGCAGACUUACCCUUUGCUGUCACAUCUUACUGAAGCCACAGAUUCACCUAACAUCAACAUACAUUCCAUGAGGUACACUGAAGAUGUGACAGCAGCUGCGUCAGAGCUCAACGAUAAACUACAAGACAUUCUUAGUGGGGAAUGGACCAAAAGCUCAGAGAGAGAGGCCGAGGUGGAUGUUUUAUUGCCACAAGAAGAACCCAAGACCAGAGAUGAAUUCCUAAAGUACUCAUGUCAAAUAACACUGGAUCCAAACACGGCACACAUCUAUAUGGCAGUUGACGACAGAACAGUGAAACACUAUCAAAGACAUAUGUCUUUUUCUGGACACCCAGACCAAUUCACUAGCUGGUGUCAAAUUUUAUGUAGAGAAAGUUUGACUGAACGUCAUUACUGGGAGGUGGAGUUGCGUGGGCCUGAAGUUUUUGUAGUGGUUGCAUACAAGGACAUCAGCAGAGCAGGGGCAGAAAGUGUAUUUGGACACAAUGACAAAUCUUGGGCAUUGCAAUGUUUCUGUCAUGGUUAUGAAUUCAGACAUGACAACAUCAGAACUUCAAUCUCAGGUCCUCUGUCUUCCAGAGUGGGAGUGUACCUGGACCACAGGGCAGGUAUUCUGUCCUUCUACAGUGUCUCUGAAACCAUGACUCUCCUCCACAGAGUCCAGACCACAUUCAGUCGGCCGCUCUGUCCUGGACUCGGUAUGUAUGUCAGUGGAGCCUCUGCUGCGAUCUGUUAGGACUGAGACCUGCUCAUGAUGACUUGUCUCUGGUUUUGUUUAUUGUCAGAGAAUAUCAGUAUCCUAAGUAAACCGUUGCAAAGGAAACAGCAGAAACAUAAAAUGCUAAGGAAACUUAAAUGUGAAAAAAUACGGUUGUUUUUAAAAAAACAACAACAAAA